CCUUCUACAGCUGGACAGUCAGUGCGCUGCGGAACCGGCAAACUGAGAAGGUCCAAGUUUAUUUUCUGCGACUUGACUUCAGGAAGAAAAACUCAUCUCGCAAAAGAUUUCCGAGGAUGGGCAUGAUGGAGCUGAUCAUUACAUUCAUGAAUGGCAACUCACUCGCCCUUAACGUGGACCCGAACAUCACCGUGUCUCAACUCAAGGGUCUCAUCGAAACACGCGCGGGGGUCUCGCACGCCAAGCAGCAGCUUUGCUGUCAGAACGGCCAGAAAGUGGAGCUCAGCAAUGAGCACAGCACCCUACUGGAGUACGGCCUGCGCUCGGGAUCCACGGUGUCAGUGCUCAUCGUGGAGCCCCAUCCCUUUCAGGUGUUCCUGAAGAACGAGAAGGGUCAGACUCACACAUAUGAGGUGGCGCCCGGGGAGACCGUGGAGAUGUUCAAGAAGAAAGUGUACAACAAGGAGCGCGUCCCCAUGGACCAGCAGAGGCUCAUCUAUGAGGGAAAACAGAUGGAGGACAACAGGACACUGGAGUUCUACGGGGUGAAGAGAGAGGGCACCAUCUAUCUGACCUUGCGCCUCAGAGGAGGCUGAAAACCUUAGUGAAGGAUAGAUUCACCAGGAUAAGCAGAUGGGGGGGUCAUUCGAGUCCCUGCUCCCCCCAUAAUACCUUUGGGAAAUAUGUAUUAAAAUACACAUAUUUUGUAGUAGCCUAUUAUAGCAGUAUAUACAUUACAAGUCAGUUAAGUCAAUGAAGGGAGCAUUUCUACAUGUAAUAUUUGUCAUCAAUGUUGAAGUAAUUUCUACUGCAAGUUAAGACUUUUAAAUUGUACCAUGGCUCAUCUAAUUCCGUGAUU